CAGUGCAGUGUGGAGAGUUCAGAUAUGUCUGCUAUAAUAUGCAUUUCUUAAAUUCAGUGAACACUAAAUGCAUUCUUUAUAUCAGUGAUUCUCAACCACUGUGUCGUGGCACACUAGUGUGCCGUGGAAAAUUAUUCAAUUUACUUGGUCCCAAAACUAUUAUUUAUUGCAUAUAAUUUUCUUUGCUUGUCAAUGUGACAGGCACAGUAAUUAAAUCUUCUUCCGCUAGGGGGCAGCAGUUAGUUAUUAAAACCAAAACAAAUCAUCAUAGCUGUUGAAGAUUUUUGUCUUUUUCUUCAAUUCCUGCCAGUAUAUCAGUGUUGUCUUCAACUAAACAGGAGUGCAUGUGUAGUACAUUUAAACUUGAAUAUUAUUAUAUUUCAUUACAUAUACUUCUUGUGAGAUCUUUGGUUGGUGGAGCACCGUGGGGGUUUUCAUGCUAAUGUAUACUGUAUGGUGUCGCUCAAAAAAGGUUGGGAAACCAUAUUUUAUACUAUGGAGAAAAAAGGUUGGAAAUAUAAAACAACUGGGUACUAGCAUACUACAUUAAUAGCAUAAAAAGACUCAAGACACUGCAGAGUGGACCCUUAAAUUAUGAUUCAUUUUCUCAGCUAUGUUGGAAACAGGCUGGAACAUCUGUAAAGAGUUGUCCUCACACACACUGUACUCUGCUUGCACUGUCACCUUGUUGCUGUGACUGGACAGUUUGUAACUGUUGUUUGGUUGCAGUUAACACAUUCAUUGACAACAUACAGGGAUACAGGGUUCUGUUUUCAGACAUACUGUAGUAAAACAUCAAGCUGAGUCAGAUGUGACGUUGGCUCAGGACAGGUAAACAGUCUGAUGGAUUAGUAGCGACUGUCUCCUCUACUUGGCAGUAGAGUGUUUGUUUGGUGACACACUGGUGGCACAGCAGCAGCAUUAGUAGCACCAGCAGCAGCAGGUGUUGGUGUCCUGGUACCAUGGGGGAGGAGAAGCUCCACACUUCAUCCAGAGAGUCGUCCAGGCUGAUCUGCUUCCAGGUGUUGCCUUCGUACCUGCUAGCAGGGCUUGGAAUGGUUACAGCUGGCAUGCUACUGGACCAGGCACAGCACUGGGAUGUGUUCAGGGAGCUUUCUGAGGUUUUUAUCCUGGUGCCAGCACUGGUGGGACUGAAGGGGAAUCUUGAGAUGACACUGGCAUCCAGACUGUCAACAGCAGCCAACACUGGACAAAUGGAUGAGGCUCAGCAGCAGUGGAUGAUGGUGCUGUGUAACAUGGCUCUCAUUCAGGUGCAGGCCACAGUUGUAGGUCUCUUGGCGGCGGUAGCAGCAGUUGGUCUUGGAGGUCUGAUCCGAGGGAGAGUGGAUGUUACAGAAGCUGCUAUUCUGUGUGCCAGCAGCAUCACCACAGCCUUCAUCGCUGCCCUUUCACUGGGUUUGGUGAUGGUGGCUGUGAUUAUUGGCUCCAGGAGAGUUGGUAUAAACCCUGAUAACGUGGCCACGCCCAUAGCUGCCAGCCUUGGUGACCUCAUCACUCUGUCUGUGCUCGCUGGAGUCAGUAGUCUUUUCUUCUGUUAUAAAGACUUGUGGUACUUACCCCUCGUGGUGUGUGGUUUCUGGCUGCUUCUCGUCCCAGUCUGGGUCAUCAUCGCCUGUCGCUGUCCUUCUCUUCGUGAAGUCCUGAAGUCCGGUUGGCAGCCGGUCAUUCUGGCCAUGUCCAUCAGCAGUGUUGGUGGUCUGAUUCUGGACAAAACUGUGAGCAACCCAAACUUUGAAGGUAUGGCGGUGUUCACGCCAGUCAUUAAUGGUGUAGGGGGUAAUCUGGUGGCAGUCCAGGCCAGCAGGAUGUCCACCUACCUCCACUACUGGAGUGCUCCUGGUGCACUUCCCAUGAAAAAGAAUGUCAUCUGCCCUGGACCCUGUUCUACUUUCUGCUCUUCAGACGUGAACUCCGUGUCAGCCAGAGUCCUGCUCUCUCUUGUUGUGCCAGGUCACCUCCUCUUCUUAUACACCAUCCACCUUCUGCACGGAGGACACACCGCCAUGACGGCCACCUUCAUCGUCUGCUAUCUGUGUGCUGCUGUUGUCCAGGUGCUGAUUUUGCUCUACGUAGCACGGCUGAUGGUGUUCUGGCUCUGGAGACGAGGACUGGAUCCAGACAACUUCUCCAUCCCUUACCUCACAGCUCUGGGCGACCUGCUGGGCACGGGAUUCUUGGCAGUGUGUUUCAGAGUGAUCCAGAUGUUGACCUCAGCAGAAAGUGGACUUUGACAGAAAUAUAUUUUCCAC